AUGAGAAAAAUUAUAAAUUGUGGAAUUUUGGGAGCAGCAAAAACUGGAAAAUCAUCAAUAAUUAAUAUGUUUAUGAAUUCAUAUUUUGAAGAUUCAUAUAUACCGACAAUAGAAAAUAAAUGUAAUAAAUUAUAUUCAUACAAAAAUAAAUUAUAUACAAUUUGUUGUAACGAUACAGCUGGUCAAGAGGAAUAUAAUUGUUUGGUACCAGAUACGAUUUCAAAUGUACAAUGUUUUAUAAUUGUUUAUUCUUUAAAUGAUAGAGAAUCAAUAGACAAAAUUCAAGUUUAUAAAGAUUUAAUAAAAUCAAAUUUUAAAUCAAGUAAUAUUAUGCCACCAAUAAUAUUGGUUGCAAAUAAAUCUGAUUUGAAAAAUCAAAUUUCAAAAAAUGAAGUUUUGGAAUUAUCAAAAGUAUUUGAUGCACCAACAAUAAUUACAUCUUCUAAAAAUUUAUCAUCAGUUUGUUCAAUUUUUCAUUUAUUAAUUGAAACAAUUGAAAAUAAAGAAAAACAAAUAAUUAAAAAUUGUAAAGAAUAUAAAAAAGUUUUAAGAAAUUUAAAUCAAAAAAACAAAAUAAUUAAAUUAUUUAAUAAAUUUAUAAAAAUUUAA